AAAAAAAGCAUAUAUACAUUUGCGUGUUUCAACAUAAAAUAAAAUGUAUGUCAUAUUCUUAAUGAAAACAAAAUUAAUAAUCAAUUAACUGUGACAUUUGCGAAUUACCUGUUAAUUUGGUCCUAAACAUAUUGAUUUGGCAAUUGUGAUUAAGUGAUACCAUGAUCAAGAGAGCCGUGCUGGGUGUGCUAUCUUUGGGUAUAUAUCAAAUUUAAUGCAAUUCAUGUACUCUGUCUAUUCAAUUUUACUUGUCACAUUUCUCUUCGCAAAAGUCAAUUUGACCAAUUUUUGGAGCUAAGUUGAAUUAUAUGUUUGAAACCAUACCAAAUAAUAUGCUGUAAGUUGCAUCUUGUACAUAUUGAAAACUAAUUCUAAUGGCAGAUGUAAAUAUUUUUCGAUAAGCGGCUAAAUUUGUAAUUUCCCUUCUCUUUGUGGUCGACAAAUUUAGUCCAUUAAACCAACAUUAACUCAAUUUAAAUAACGCCAUUUGUGGAAACACUUUCACCGAUUUCCAACACAAGAGCCUACAUAAGCCCAAUUCAUUUCCAACACAAGAGCCUACAAAAGCCCAAUUCAAGUGUUACAUAACAUGGCCCAACCCAUAGUCCAAUAACGAGAAAUUAGAGAAACAAAGAUGAGAAGAAAUGUACUAUGUUUUCAUGUUCAAGAAAGGAAUAGGAUUAGAAAGACAGUGGUCGAAAGAAAAACAUCACAUUCCUUCUUCCAAAUGAAGGCUUCACUAAUAUUGUAAAGACAAAUUAUUAGUACAUAACACCAUCUAAGAGCUAAUAAACUGAUUAAACCCAAACCAAAAUUGAUCCAAAUAUGAUUUGCUUCAUUUCAUGUCAUGGAUAUUUCAUACUAUUGUCACUUAUUUUCCUUCAAAAAAUGCCUUUUCUUUCUUUUCACCUUCUUUUUCUUGAUAGCCCUUGUGGUAGUAGCUAUUCCUUCACUCCUUUUCUUAAUCUUGAAGCCCCAAAAACCUAUUUUCUCUCUUCAAACAUUAAAGGUGCAAUCUUACCAGUUGAACGUCUCGAAAUCAGGCUCCGAUCCCUUAUUUUCAUCUGUCGUCUGUCUGACACUGACUGCGCAAAAUCCUAAUAAAGUUGGCAUAAGGUAUAAGCCAACGCGUUUUCAAGUGUUUAAUGAUGGUCUAGUGAUUGGAAUGAUACAAGUUCCUGCCUUUUAUCAACCACCUCGUACCUAUAACUUAACAUUGGAGACUCGACUAAUAUUUUACUGCGUGAAUGUUACACAAAUUUUGUCUAGUAUUUCAUUGAAACACAAUAGUUCAAUAAAAAGUGUAGUUACCAUUGCAAGCCUAUUUGGUGAUGUUGUAGCUCAAGUCAAACUUCUCAAUGUCAACUUGCCCAUGGUCAAGUUAGCCGUGGAGUGCGCCAUAAAUAUUGACCAAAAUGAUAUUAAACUCAGUAACCAAAUGGUGAUCUACAGCUUGAAAGCAGCAAAACAUAAUACGAUACCUCUUCCAAUGAACAUCAGGGGAAGUUUAUCCAACAAGUGUUCGGCAUCUAUUUACAUUUAACGAACUGAUGAAUAGGAAUUAAUUUGUAAUAACUUUAUUUUGUGUAAUUACAGUUUUGUAUAUGCAUAGUGUAUUCUGAUCUGUUACAUACCAAGUAGUUCAUUGUCUAUGCACCUAUUAGUUGGACUUGCAUGACUCAAAAAUGUGAACUAAUAAUUGAUUGCAAGUUUAAGAUAAAAUUGAUCCACUAAUAUAUUCAUUACGUUUACAUGUCUUUUACAGAAUCAUGAUUUAGAUAGAUAGAUCGAGAGAGAGAUUUCUCGAUUUAAUUAGUGACAAAUUAAGGAACUUUACAAAAAGAUAAAAUUUACAAAAGUACAUAUGUACAAUUUGCUACUUGUAGAUGGUUGAGGAAUUUAGGAAAACGUGUGGUUUGUAACAUGGGAGAGAUAUUUGAAUUAUAAGUUUGAAUUCGACAGUCAAAAGGCUACCAAUAACUUCAAUUGAUUUUGUUAAGUUCCCUGUCGAAACCUUUUUGAAAUCAAACCAAAAAGUAGUAUAAAAUGGUAGUAAUUAAAAGUUUAAUUUGUUUACACAUGAACUGCUUUUCGAUCUGCGUCUACAAGAAAGAGUCUGCUGUCGAUAUUAAAUUUUAUAAAUUCUUAAUUAGUCUGCUUUACUUUCCAAAUUAAAGACUUAAUGAGAAACUAGCUGGUGCGUGUUAACAACUUCAAAAGUCCUAAUAAAUAAAGGCAUCAACGAAUAAAGAAGAUUGGAUGAUGAAGCAAGUGGCCUGGUGUUUAAACAAUUAUCAAUGUGAAUGAAUCAUUUCCUAAACAAUGAAGGAUAUAUAGGACCACCCAUCCCUAUGUUGUAAAAAUAUUAGAUGAUUUCUUACUGUCCAACUUUUAUAGUUACCUGACAGGCCGAUAUACAGUACUUGUGUUGAUAGAUGAUAACAGAUAUAUGGUAUACCCAUGAAAUUAGUCAAGACACACUCAAGUUGAUCUGACAGUUUUAGAAACCAAGAAAAGACCAACGAUCCAUAUGCUAUGCAACUUUAUAAUUAACCAUGCAAUUGUUUGAUUAUUGUUUAUGCCCAUAAGGCAUAAGCACCCCCCCCCCCCCCUCCUACAUUUCUCCUUUUUCCUUUUAUGUGGGGGGUGGAUAGGACAUGUAGGGUGGAUGAGGUUAGAACAUUUUUUUUAAGUUGUGUUUACUGAACACCAAAUUGGAAGGUCGGUGGCUAAUUUUAGUCAAACAGUACUGGCAUGCGCACUAUAUGUAAUCAUAGAAACUCAGAAAAAUACAUGCAGUUCUUUGCCCUAUAAAUUAAAUAAAGUGAUCCUAUAUAUAGCUACUUGUUUUAGUAAUUGGUGAUCACUAUCUCAUUCUUGUGUAUACCCGAAAUAAUCAAAGUUUUCUAUAAACUAUAUACCAAUAUGGCAAAUAAUAAUCCUAUGGGUGCCAUAAGCAGCUAUUUGACCAUAUUCAGUGUGGUUAUGGGAUUAAUGGGUGCAACAUGUAGCAGCCUCCAUAUGAUGAGUGAAUGCAAAAAGGCAGAAAAGGGAUCAGUUGCUCUCUACAUCUUUGGUGACUCCUAUUUUGAUGUGGGAAACAACAACUACAUCAAUACAUCAACUCUUGAUCAAGCUAAUUUCUGGCCCUAUGGACUAUCUUACUUCAACUCCUCUACUGGAAGAUUUUCUGACGGUCGUUUGAUUUCCGAUUUCAUUGCUGAAUAUGCAAAGGUUCCAAUACCAGCACCCAUUAUGCAGCCAAAGAAUGAAGAGGAGGACAAUUACGUUAAUGGAGCAAACUUUGCAUCAGCUGGCGCUGGCUCUCUAGUCCAGACAUUCCAGGGUGCAGUGAUUGAUUUGAAGACACAAUUGAAUAACUACAAGAAGGUGAAAUUUUGGCUGAGAAACAAGUUGGGCUAUUCUAAAUCAGACAAGAUAUUGAGAAGUGCUGUUUACUUGAUUAGUAUUGGGACCAAUGACUACUUAAGUACCUUUUUGACCAAUUCUACACUCCUAUCUUCCUAUUCUCAAACACAAUAUGUACAAAUGGUCAUUGGCAACUUGACCACUGUCGUUCGAGAAAUACACAAGAAUGGAGGCAGGAAAUUUGGGUUUCUUAAUUUGGGUGACUUGGGAUGUUUACCAGGCCUAAGAAUGCUUAACCCUCCCAACAAAAAUGGGUGUCUUGAAGAAGCUUCAAAACUUGCAAAAUUACAUAAUGUUGAGCUUAACAAUCUACUCUUAGGAAUUGAAAAAAGGCUCAAAGGGUUCACCUACUCACUUUAUGAUUUCAACCGUAGUUUGAGACACAGGAUGAAUCAUCCCUCUACAUAUGGUUUCAAGGAAGGGAAAAGAGCAUGUUGUGGAACAGGAAGAUAUAGAGGAAUAUACAGCUGUGGAGGAAAGAGGCCAGUGAAGCAAUUUGAGGUUUGUAAAAGCCCCAAAAGGCAUGUCUUUUGGGACUCUUAUCAUCUAACUCAAACUAUUUACCAGCAAAUGGCAGAUGAAAUGUGGAAUGGGUCCCAUAGACUCUCAGGACCUUCUACUCUCAAGGCACUCUUUCAAUGCCUCUAAUAUUAAUGUACAAAAAACACACAAUAUUCGAUUUAUUAAAGUUUCUGCUAUACGUGAGGUUCGAGAAAAGGCUAAAGUACAGGAGUACAGCAUACACAUUCAUUAACUUCUGUUAGAAAAGUAUUGCAAUCACAAUAGUGACUUCUUGAUUUGGUCCAUUAGUCCAAGAAGUGAUUGACAAUUUGAGUUGAUUUUAUGCUUUUAUAGAGAUAAUU